AUGUCAUGUCCGUGGAGGUUGCCUCAGAGUGCACCUUCUGCUUCAAGGCCCAUUUCUUUACCAAAAUCUAUAUUCUCUGAGGCUGACUGCAUUGAUAUUGAACGCCUUGUUCUGUCUAAAAGAGGUUUUUCUGAAAGGGUUAUUGAUACUCUGAUUGAAGCUCGAAAGCCAGUCAGCGGCUGUACCAGAAAGUGUGGAGUACCUAUCUCACCUGGGUACUGUGGGGCCGAUAUAAAGUCGGUGUGUGCAGAAGCUGCCCUUUGUGCUUUGCGUCGUCGUUAUCCUCAGAUUUACACCACAACUGAGAAAUUGCUGCUUGAUGUUUCAUCUAUUAAGAUCACUGCAAGAGACUUUGUAAUAGCUAUGGAAAAAAUUGUGCCAGCAUCACAGAGAGCUGUUAUCUCUCCAGGACAAGCACUCUCUUCAGUAAUUCAACCCCUUCUGAAGAACACAUUUCAAAGGAUUAUGGAAGCUUUAAAAAGGGUUUUUCCUCAUGCUGAUGGGAUCAAAUUCCAAGAGUCAGGCUUAGAAUCAUCAAGUCCUCUGGAUGAAUAUAUAUUACAUAGUGAUGAAGAAGGACCACCUGUCUUUGAAAAUGGUCCACUUCUGAAAAACCCAGGAAAAAAGAAUGAAACCCCUACCUUCCUUCAUUUUACCACGAGUGCAUAUCAUCAACCAACUUCAUACAGGCCCAGGCUUUUGCUGGCUGGGAAACCAGGACUUGGCCAAGGAUCACAUCUGGCUCCUGCUGUUAUCCAUGCUUUAGAAAAAUUCACAGUUUACACAUUAGAUCUUGCAGUUUUGUUUGGUGUCAGUGUAACUUCGCCUGAAGAAACCUGUGCACAG